CCCCGGGAGCCCGAGGAGGCGGCAACGGCGGCUGCGGCCUCGCGGCAUCGGCUCCGGCUCCCUCCGCCCAGGCCGGGCCGGGCCGGGCCCGCGAUGCAGCCGGCGCGGCCCCGCUGAGGGAGGCCCGCCGCCCGGGGAGCCAGCAUGCGGAGCGGCGAGGAACUGGACGGCUUCGAGGGCGAGGCCUCGAGCACCUCCAUGAUCUCGGGGGCCAGCAGCCCCUAUCAGCCCACCACGGAGCCCGUGAGCCAGCGCCGCGGGCUGGGCGGCCUCCGCUGCCACCCCGACUACCUGCGCCGCGCCCCGGGCCGCCUCAAGCUGGCCCAAGUGGUUUUGGCUCUGAUUGCAUUCAUCUGCAUAGAGACUAUCAUGGAAUGUUCCCCAUGUGAAGGGCUCUAUUUCUUUGAGUUUGUGAGCUGUAGUGCAUUUGUAAUUACUGGAGUUUUGCUGCUUAUGUUCAGUCUCAAUCUUCACACAAGGAUACCACAGAUCAACUGGAAUAUUACAGAUUUGGUCAACACUGGACUCAGCACCUUCUUCUUCUUUAUUGCCUCCAUAGUACUUGCUGCUUUGAACCAUAAAGCUGGAGCAGAAAUUGCUGCUGUGGUUUUUGGCUUCUUGGCAACAGCAGUGUAUGCUGCAAAUACCUACUUAGCUGUGCAGAAAUGGAGAAUGAACAUUCGACAGCAGAGCACCAACGAAUACAUUCGUGCACGGACAGAAUCACGAGAAGUGGACAGCCGUCCUGAGAUACAGCGUUUAGACACCUGAGAAAAGAAGCAUCUGAGUAGGACUGUGGGCUGAGAGAGAAGUCACCAACAAAGAAAACUCCCUCCUCUCUCCUCCCUGUCCUAAUUUCCCCCCCAAGUUCCCACCAUCAUUUCUCAUUAUUUCAUCAUAUCAAACUGUCAUACAAUUUUUAAUUUUAUCCUUAAAGAAAACAGCUGGCCUUGGCAAAGUGCAUUCACAGCAGCAUCAUUAAGGAGCUUCAUUUCAUCAGAUGUCCCGGCUGCAAACCCAGAGAUCUCAACAGCUCUGAAGAUGGAAGUGCUCUGGAGUGGGCAUAGUAUUAUGGUGGCUGUUUUUUCAGCUUUUAACCUUAAUUCUGUGUACAGGCUGCAUGUGGUUUCAUUAUAAACUAGCUUUCAGUCAGAUAUUUUCAUGACAAGGUCAGGAGUUUGAGGGCAGGUGAAAAAUGUAACUCAAGUUUAGAUGAAAUGUGAUUACCUAGAAAAUAAGGGGUAAAUGGCACCAGUUUAGGUCAGUCAGCAGCCUUCAUGGGGUGACCACUGUGGACAGAGAACUGUUGUAGUUGCUCACAGCCAAUGCAGCAUAACCCCUUAGUUAUUGUUGUCCAUUUUUGUGGCCUGUGGAUAGCUGAGACAAAUUGUGAAGCAAAUUAUGGAAUUGAAAACUUUGGUAGCAUGGACAGAAGUAAGCUGGAGUCUGUUGGCUUUGGACCUUACAGAUAUGAAACACUGGUAAUAUCGUGGGGAUAAAAAGCACCUAGCAAUUCCCAACUAACUAAUAAUGAACUCUGUAUUGGGAAGGCUACAUUUUAUUUCUGGCCAUGACAGAAAGUCACUGUGCCAUUUCCCAUAAACAACUAUCUUGAGUCUAACCUACAAAAUUCCCACAUUCCUGCCUAACCUGAAUGCUGUGAGGCUGAAUUUGGAGAAUUUUCACAAGAAUUCAUAAUGCAAUCCCCUAGCCAAAACAUAUCACCACUAUGUCCCAUUAACCAGAGAUGGGAUGUUCGGGUAUUUUUUUGUAUGUGUGUAUAUUACAAAUAUGUGUGUAUACCCAUACCACAUGCAUAUAUGUCAACCUUUACACCAUACCAAAAUCAGUUCUUUGCCUGUGUGUUAUACCCAAAAAGGUCUUUUAGGUUAUAUGAGUAUGAUGGUACUAGAACAAAUUUCUACAUAUGAUAAAGUACAUUUUCUUUUGAUCACAAGUACUGUGCAUGACUAGUUGACCAAACGUGAUUGGAAAAAAGCUCCCAUUCAUCCAGAAAGAAUUGAGGGUAUCCCAGUUAAUUUAGUGUGCAGUAUUACAUUCCAUGCAUUUUCAACAGUGCAGGGAUCCAUGAUUUUUUAUCUGCGUGGGUCCUGCCUUCAUUGAUUGCAAAUUGCAACCCAUCCUAUGCCUUAACCUAAGUCUUUAUAAGUUUCUGUGGCUGAAAAAAGUUCAUUUCCUUGUGGUCUUCCUUCUGGUGAUGAGUCUUCCUCUGUCUGCUUCAUUUGACUAGUUCUCAGACAGCAGAUGUGCAGCAUGACUCUGAGCCUGCAAUCAAAAUCAGAUUUUGAAUUGCUGUAGAACCUGCCAAAUUGGGCUCCGCUCGCUUAGAUUUGAAGAGCCUGGGUUUGCCUCCAUGCCACAAGGAGUCAUUAGACUAGGACUUACUAGGAGUUUACCAUGCAUAGACUGUCAAUUCCCAAAGAACUAAGUACAAUAAGAUAACUCAGUAAGACUAUAUUAACGUAAUAUAUUCACUCUUUCAUUCAUCAAAUAUUUAUUAAUUUUACUGUACUGUGCUUUGCACUUGGGGAGAUAACAAAGACACAUUCUUUGCCCUAAAGGAUAUUCUUUCUUUGAUUCAAAAGUCAUUCCAGUUUAUCAUAGGCCUCAGAUUCUUUGUUAUAAAGAGAAGUUACUAUCAUACAAUUCUGUCAGAAAGUUCUAUUUUGUGUUUUCUUUGUGGUUUAGAUUCUGCAAUUUAUAGAGAGAAGUUGAUGUAAUUUAUUGGGGUCUUUCUUCUCUUGAAGAUUAUAUCUAUGGAGUGGUGGUGGUGGGGACACCAUUUAGUUUGUUGGAUUGUCAUAGUAUGGAUUGAUUUAAAUGUUUACAAAUCUCUUUCCAGCUUGACAGUCGGUAUUUGCCAAGGAAAAGAACAUUUACUGCUGGUCAAAGAAUCUGAAUUUUUCACUAAGAUGUGGGUAUCUCUGGCAUUUAUUUACUGAAAGAUUUAGUGCACAGCUUUGACUGUAUAUUAUGUGUUAGCAGGUAUGUGGGUGCAUACAUACCUGUGUACCUGCAUGAUUUAAAUGCAUUUCAUUCAUUGCAUAUCUUACUUAGUGUGACUUUAUUGUGUGAGAUUGAUAAAAUUAUCCAUUUUGGGCAUCUGAAGUACCAAGUCUAGUUUUCCUAUAUUUAAAAGUAUGUCAACUUAAUGUUAACUUUCAGAACCUCAUAUGACAUUUAGCUUCACUUGUGAUGUUGCAUUAUUAAAUAAGCAUUUAUUGUUCAUUCUGUGUUUAGGUGGCCCAUGCAGUAUCUCCAAAUCAUUGCGUCUAACCUUGGGUAGAAUUGUGUCAUCUUCCACACCUGAAAGAACCCUGGGUAUCUCCACUCUUCUAUGAACCCACCCCACUAGUAUUAAUGUUUCCUUGACAACUUUUGAUUUAAUUUUCUUAGCAGUGACUUUAGGAAGAGUGUGACAUCUGGAUCUGAUCGUUUAGUUCCACACAUUGCUUUCACCUUCACUGCAAGCAUAUAUAGAAUGCAACUAGUGACUGGACUCCCACAUGCUUAAGUGCUCUAUCAGAUUGUUUCAUUUUAUGUUUAAUUUUUAAAAGAACAGAAUCAUGCCUGUUAUCCAUUACUUAGGUUCAAAUUCAUGUAAAAGGACCAUUCCAACCUGUUGUUUUUCAUUGAUUAUGGUUUAUUUUCAAGUUUUUUCUACUAUAUAUGUUCUUAGAAAACUACCUUUGAAAUCAAAUAUAGAGGGAAUACCAGACAGGACAAUUAGUAGAGUUUUCUCAAGUGAUCUGAAAAUAUAUAGUUUACCAUUGAGCUUUUCUUAUAUUUGAGAAAGGGAGUUGAUUAUAAAGUAAAUUGCAGAGUGUAGAUACAUGACAAAUAUGAAUACAGUCCAUGGAAAGUCUUGAUCUUUUGUUAGAUCACAGAGUUAGAAAUUAUUACCUAUAUAAUUGUAUACCAGUGACAGAGUUUUUGGAAGUAUCUAUUUUCUUACAAUUGUUUCUAAAUCCUUUUUGCCAUGGAAAG